GAUGACCCGGGGAAGGCGCAGACCAGCACCCAGCGACCAGGACCCAAAGCGCUUCCAGACAUGAGCCUAGCGCAGAUCGACAACAGACCAGAAACGAAGCGUAGAGUCGAUCCCGCGCUUCAAUUCUACCUGGAGCAAGAAGGCCAGACUAUCCUCGGCUUCUCGUUCUUGUGGGACGCCAUCGUGCACGAGCUCGUCGUCAUAUUUGGCUGCACCUGGCGCGAUUUUUCGACCACCAUUAUCCCCGGCACCCUCUACACUGCGGGCGCGCUCCGCGCUCUGGAGGCCACGCCACCGCCGGCGACCGUCGUCGUCUCCCUCGCGCGGUCCAUGACAUACUUCAUCGUCUUCGUCUACUCGUUCACGCUCGCAAACCAGAUCACCGGUGUCCCCGAGGACCAAAUCAACAAACCUGACUGCCCGAUUGUGUCCGGGCGCAUAUCGCUCCCGGGCGCCUACGUCCGCUGGUACACGGCCACCGCAGCAUUUCUCCUCCUCGCGUCACGGUGGGGCGUCCUCCGCUGGGCCGCGACCUGGGUGGGCUGCACGAUAUUCGUCACCUGGCUGCACGGCGAUAAGCACUGGCUCACCAAGAACGUCGUCUUCUUAACCGUCGGCACAAUAACUAUUCUGGGCGCUGCAUGGGAGUUUGGCGCGGCACUCACGCCUGCGGUCCGCCGGUUCAACGUCCUCCUCAGCGUCAUGGUCGGCAUCGUGGGCAACAUCCAGGACAUGCGGGAUGUGGUGGGGGACAAAAUGAUCAGGCGGCGCACGCUGCCGAUACUUCUGGGCCCAAAGAAGUUCCCGUGGGUCAUGGCUGGGGUCACUGCAGCGUCUCCGCUGCUCUGCUGGAAGCUGCGGCUGAUAUAUUCGACACACCCGCUCGCCUGGUAUUACGGGCUUCUCCUGACAGCGGCCUUGUUCUACUGCGCGUAUCGCGUGCUGGUAGGGGACUCCAAGGGAUACCACCACCAAACAUAUAUGGUUUCCACUUAUAUCUUUUGCGGAUGUGCCGCGAUUCCGGUGCUACUGCCCUAG